AUGAGUGGCGGGGUUCGCACAAGUGUGAAGGGUUUCCUAAUCAAUGCAAAUAGCAAUUGGAGAAGUACUGGAAUCGAAGCUGCGGAUGAGAAACAGAAACCACAAGAUGUAUCUGAACCUUUGAGGCAAACAGACAUAGAGACUGCUGGUCAUCAUGCGGAGGAAAACCAUAAUGAGAGACAAAUCCCAUCCAAUUUGACUAGAGGAAACUCUUGCAUUGCUGAAGAGCCUGAUGAUGAUGAUGAUGAUGAUCCAUUGCCUUCUGUAAAGGACCUCCAGCUUCAAGGUGACCCAUUAGUGGGACAAGAAAUUACAGUAUGUGGACACUGCAUUAAUGGAACAUCUCUAUGUGAUGCGGAUCAGUGGCUACGCCAUCAUCAAGAUGGAUCUGUUAGUAACAUUGAUGGAGCGACGAGUCCGGAACAUCUUGUUACUGCUGAUGAUAUUGGUGCAUGCCUUGCAGUUGAAGUUGUGCCUCUAGAUGUCAGGAAUAGAAAAGGAAAGCUACAAAAGCUCUUUGCCAAUGACCACAAAAAUAUAAGCUGUGAUCCAAAAAUGCAAAGCCUGGGACACUUUAGGAGGACGGGUUACAGUCUAAAGUAUACAAAGCUGUUGGAAGGUAGUGUUGUAGUUGAAGAUCAUAAGUUUACUCCAAACACAGUUGUUUCAAUUCCUUAUGGAAGUCCUGCAGAAUUCAUCAUAACUGAUUCUGAUAGCGGUGGUGCUGAUCAUUCUCUAAAAAUCGAUUAUGGUCUGAGGGAUACAGUUGUGCUGAUAUUGCGAUUAUUUAUCCGAGCGAGGGAAGAGGAGAUGUCAAGCAAAAGGAGAAAACAGGGGGCUGGGGAUCUCCAUUAG